CCGACGACACGACUAAAACGGAAGAGUCGCCACACGAGUGUGACAGUACUUUCACUCGCGAUCAAGCCAUGGCUUUCGCGGCUCGCCCUAGCGGUGGUGGUGCACUGUUGAUGACGCUGGUCGUGGCGGCGGUGGCCGGGCUGGCCGGCGCGGACUUCGCGGCGGACAAGGCGGAGUGCGCGGACAAGCUGAUGGGUCUGGCGACGUGCCUGACGUACGUGCAGCUGACGGCGACGGCGCGCACGCCCACGCCGGACUGCUGCUCCGGGUUCCGGCAGGUGCUGGGCACCAGCAAGCGGUGCAUGUGCAUCCUGGUCAAGGACCGCGACGAGCCGGCGCUCGGGAUCAAGGUCAACAUCACCCGCGCCAUGAACCUCCCCUCCGUCUGCAACAUCGCCGCCACCUUCUCCGACUGCCCCAAGAUCAUCAACAUGUCGCCGGACUCCAAAGAGGCGGAGAUCUUCAAGCAGUAUGCGCGUGAGCACGAGGGCAAGAACGCCGCCACCACUUCGCCCGCUGCCGCCGCCGCCGCCACCGGUACCACCAGCAGGAAGAGCGCGGACGCGACGUCCGGCGCAGGGAGGCGCACGGCGGUCUUCGCCGUCGUCUUCUCGGCUCUGCUUGCCUCCGUCCUUGUUCUCGCAUGAUGAUAGGCUUUGGCUGCGGCUGCAGGGAAAGGGACCAAGACACUCUUAAGUGUAUUCGGCCUUCUGUUCGGCUUUCAGUUCGCUAUGUAGCUGAGUGAAUCCUCGCGGUAAAAAAUGUUGCGCAGUUAGUGGGUUGCAAGUUUUUCUUCUCUCCCUCUCCUUCUCUCUUGUUGUUGCGAAUGCUGAGUUGCCUCCCUGAUCAGUUGAUGUUGCAACUUGCAACUGUCCUACCGAAAUUUCAAGAUCUUGGGUCGACUACGAUCAAGAGUUUCUCCCUUUUCUUUUUUCCUUUCGGGAGAAAGUGGUUGUGCAAUCAAUAUGGGUAAUUAUUUUCUUA